AUUAGGGUUCUGGCACAAGGAACUGUUCACUCCGCGUUAGUUUAGUUGAAUUGAGCAUCCUGUCACACACCGGCCGGCAUCUUGAUUCCGAUCCGAUCAUGUCAGGCGAAUCCGAGCAGUCUCUUCCUUUGGAAGAGCAACAGGUCAGCAAGAAAGCCGCAAAGAAGCAAGCCGCCAAGGAAGAGAAGAUGCGCCGCCGCCAGGAGCACGCUCUCAGCUCAUCCGCCGCUUCGCUCUCCAUUGAUGAGGAGGACCCGCACAGUCAUAACUACGGCGAUGUUCCUCUCCUGGAGCUCAAAUCUUGUUCCGAUCCCGAUGCGGGAAACUGGAGUCGGGCCAUCAACGGGAAGGAAUGGACUGAAGUUUUCGCAUUGACGGACAAGUUGAAGGACACGGAGGUUCUCAUUCGCGGACGAGUUUAUACGACUCGGCCCGUCAGCAAGAAAAUGGCGUUUUUAGUGGUGAGGGAAAAGGGAUUCACGGUCCAGUGUUUGGCCACCAUUAACACCGAGGGAAUCAGCACUCAGAUGGUCAAGUUUGUUGCUGGGUUGAACCGCGAGUCCAUUGUGGACAUGAUUGGUGUUGUAUCAGUACCUGAAAAACCCAUCACCAGCACUACGCAGCAGGUUGAAAUUCAAUUGAAGAAAGUAUACUGUGUUAACAAAGCUUUGCCAAACCUGCCUAUUAACAUCGAGGACGCUGCUCGAAGUGAGGUUGAAAUUGAAAAGGCUUUGCAGGCAGGAGAGCAACUUGUUCGUGUCAAUCAGGACACACGUUUGAACUUUAGAGUUCUUGACUUUCGAACACCUGCUAAUCAAGGGAUUUUCCGCAUUCAGAGUCAAGUUGGGAGAAUAUUUAGAGACUUCUUGUAUUCUGAGGGUUUUGUUGAAAUCCACACCCCCAAACUGAUAGCAGGCUCUAGUGAAGGUGGUUCUGCUGUUUUUAAGCUUGACUACAAAGGACAACCAGCUUGCCUGGCUCAGUCUCCUCAACUUCACAAGCAAAUGUCAAUUUGUGGUGACUUUGGACGGGUUUUCGAGAUUGGUCCUGUUUUCAGAGCAGAGGACUCCUAUACACAUAGGCAUUUGUGUGAAUUUACUGGUCUUGAUGUUGAAAUGGAGAUUAAGAAACACUACUCUGAGGUGAUGGACAUUGUGGACCGGUUAUUUGUUGCAAUGUUUGAUAGUUUGAAUGAGAAUUGCAAGAAGGAGCUUGAAGCUGUGGGGAGGCAGUAUCCUUUUGAACCUUUGAAGUACAAGCCACAGACUCUGCAACUUACAUUUGAGGAGGGUGUUCAAAUGUUGAAGGAUGCUGGCGUGGAAAUUGAUCCUCUUGGGGAUCUGAAUACAGAAUCAGAAAGAAAAUUGGGCCAGCUAGUGUUGGAGAAGUUUGGCACUGAAUUCUAUAUCCUGCACCGCUAUCCUUUGGCUGUAAGGCCAUUUUAUACAAUGCCCUGCUUUGACAAUCCUCUCUACAGCAACUCAUUCGAUGUCUUCAUUCGAGGUGAGGAGAUAAUCUCCGGAGCCCAACGUCUGCAUGAGCCAGAUGUCUUGACAGAACGUGCUAAGACAUGUGGAAUUGAUGUCAAUACAAUCUCAACUUAUAUUGAUUCCUUCAGAUAUGGUGCACCUCCACAUGGUGGGUUUGGGGUAGGACUGGAGCGGGUGGUGAUGCUUUUCUGCGGCCUGAAUAACAUCCGCAAAACUUCACUAUUCCCUCGUGACCCCCUUCGAAUUGCUCCGUAAUAUUUCCCCUUGAGAAUUUCAUGGAGGUCUCGAGCUAUAUUGUUUAAAGUUUUUCGUUUAAAAUGGCAUCUGUGUACAUUUAACCUGAAUGAUUAAGUUAUAUCUUUCAAGUUCUUACCUUUAUUUUUUGUCAACCGCUUGUUAAUUCAGGCUGUGGCUCGAUGUAUUGUUUCUCUAUAAAAAGCUAAGAUGGCACUGUUUGUUUUCCCUUU